AUGGCUUCCAAAGGCGUGCGGCUGCUCUUACUGCUGAGCUGGAUCGCUGGCCCCGAAGUCCUGAGCGAUAUCUUGAGACCCAGCUGUGCUUCGGGAUGGUUUUACUACAGGUCCCACUGCUAUGGGUACUUCCGGAGGCUAGGAAACUGGUCUCAUGCUGAGCUGGAGUGUCAGUCUUAUGGAAAUGGAUCCCAUCUGGCAUCUGUCUUGAAUCAAAAGGAAGCCAGCGUCAUAUCAAAUUACAUAACUGGCUAUCAGAGAAGCCUGCCUGUGUGGAUUGGCCUGCAUGACCCAGAGAAGAAGCAGUUGUGGCGGUGGAUUGAUGGGUCUACAAACCUGUACAGACCCUGGAAUCCCAGGACAAAGAGUGAAGACAGGCACUGCGCUGAGAUGAACCCCAAGGAUCAAUUUUUAACUUGGAACAAAAAUGGAUGUGCCAAGCGCCAACACUUCCUGUGCAAGUACAGGCCAUAGAGCAAGAAUCAAGCCUCUACCAGCCUUGCACAAACUCUUUCACUUCCCUCUUACCUGGUGACUGGUCUAAUCAUUAUCCCAGAGAGUAAACACAGCAGCAAACAUUGACGAGGCCCCCAGUUCACUGACUAUCAAGCCCUGUUUAGCAUGG